GUUUGCCAUUAAUAUUUUAAUUUUCAGUGACUGCGGACGUGUGCGUUUUGUCGUGCGGGUGGAACAAGAAAAAUGGCGAAAACAUUCAGUAGUGCGUGCGCGCAAAUCGCAAUUUUAUUAACUAUUUACGGAUCAAUACACUGUGUCAAAUCAAUAUCUCCCGAUGCGUAUCACAGCCUUGGCACACAGCUAACACACAUACAUCCGGAUGAUGUGGUGCUGUUGCCAACGCAUCCGUUGCAUCGACGACGACGUGCAUCGCCUGGCGCUCCGGCGGACUCAGCGCCAGAGGCGACAACAACACAGGGUCUUAAAUAUCAAUAUCAGAGCAUAGGCUCCAAUGUGAGCAUGAGCUCACCUAAAGAUGCCACUGUAACUACAGUGGCUGGCAGUGCAUCUGGCAACACUGGCAGCGUUACUCACAACAUCCACAAUGUGGGCGUUAAUGGCACCGGGCAACGCAAGGAUUUAACCAGCAACGUUGAUGGUGGCAGCAACAGCACCAAUGGAACCACUAGCACCAAUAUGUCAGCUGCUGCUGCUGCUGCUCCAGCUGUUCCAUUCGCUGCUGGUGUACAAUCCAAUCCUCCAAAGAAAACCCUAAUGACGGCCUCACAGCCAUCACAGUACCCGAAAAAAACAAUUGCCACAUCCUCUGGCGUCCAACUGGGAUCAAGCACAACGGAAAGUUCACUAAACGAUGAUAUCGAUGUGCCCGACGAGGUCAUCACCAAAGAGGCUGCAAAUCAGACCCUAACAAGUCGCGAGGAUCACUUCGAUUACUAUAGCAGUCUGCUAUAUGUGAACAAGAAUGAAACAGCCGCAUUGUGGUCUCAAAUGCGUGCGAUACCCGAUAAUAAUAUGCUCUCCUCAUCGCAUCGACGCGCCAUGACCGUUGAGUUGAAAUUCGAUUUUCCCUUUUAUGGACAUUAUUUGAGAAAUGUUACCGUUGCCACUGGCGGUUUCCUUUAUACCGGAGAAUACGUUCAUUCCUGGCUGGCGGCCACACAAUAUAUUGCUCCUCUUAUGGCCAAUUUUGAUACGAGCCUGACAAAUGAUUCUUUCGUCCGAUUGAUGGACAAUGGCACCGCCUUUACUGUCGUCUGGGAGAAUGUGACGCUGCAGGAUAAACCCACAUAUGGAAACUUUACAUUCAGCGCCACAUUGCAUCAGAACGGUGAUAUUAAGUUUGUUUACUAUCACCUGCCCACGUUGAUAAGCAACAUUCAGGACAGUCAGCAUCCGGUUAAGGUUGGACUCUCCGAUGCCUACAUUGUCGAUAAGGCCAGUUUUUUAUCACGCCGGAAGACGAUCUAUGAAUAUCAUCGCGUCACUUUUGGACAGCCGGAAAUAACAAAUUCCACAAUCAUUAUGUUGACGGCGUUGCCCACCUGUUUGGACUACCAUGACUGCCAAUCUUGCAUGAAUCACAAUACCACAUUUGAGUGUGCCUGGUGCCCCACAUUAAAUCGCUGCUCUACAAAUAACGGCAAUGAUCGACGGAAGCAGGAUUGGCAGCAAAGAGGCUGUGAUCGCACCAGCAUCAGCAAGAUCGAGCUUUGCCCGGCGCUGGGCAAGAAGGGCAACAAUGCUGCCCAGGAGAACAGCGGCAAAAGUGGCGCUAAUGGAAGCUCCACCAACGGAGGCGCCUCUAUGGGCGGCAGCUCAACGCCGUCGUCUGCCGCCGCCGGUGGCAGCGGAGGAGCAGCGGUCACAGAGCCAACAGUGAGCAGCACACAGUCGUCGGUGUCUGGUGCGGUGGAGGGGACAGAUGGCCACAAGUUGGAGAAGAGCGAGCAUCUGGAUGCGAUGUCGCCAGAUAAUAAAAAUGUGGGCGUGGCAUUUGGCUUUAUGGUGCCCAUUUGCCUUGUGUUUGCUAUCACGCUGUGGUUAUUCUAUGCGUACCGCAAUCCACACACACGGAGCGGCCAGCUCCUCAUACAGUUCCGUCCAAGCCAAUGGUCAUGGCGGCGUGGAGAGGCACGUUAUACGGCAGCCACGAUACACAUGUAGUAAAGCUGUGUGAUAGUUGUGUGUGUAUCUGUUACUUGGCAUAGCAUCAAGAGCGAGUAACGAGUCCUUAUUGUAAUGGAAUAGCAAAAGUAGCAGAUACAAUGUCACCAAUAACAACAACAACAAUAACCCCUCUUGACAUCCUAAACGGCCUAUAAAACUAAAAUUAAUUGCAUUCAAAUUGUGACUUGAUAUCAAUACACAUCAAAUACAUAUAUAUGUAUAUAGAUAGAUAUAUACAUGUGUAAUGACACUCGGAGUAACUGAUAUUUAUUUUGUAACAGUCUCUGAACAACAACAGUUUUAUAACAUCAUGUGCAAAUGUUCAAUUAUAGUAACAAUUAGAAUCCAGUGUAAGUUUGUGUGUAAUGUAAUCAACAUAACAGCAAAAUAAAGGUUAACAGCUGUUCAUUUUAACAGUUAAACCGUCAACGAUCGCAGCAACAGCUGUUAUAACAGUCAAUAAAUUUUGAUAUCAGUCAGUUUGAAAUGAA